CUCUCUUCGUUUCAUCUUCAUCUCUCUCUCUCUCUCUCGAUCUCUCUAAUCGAGAUCGAGAGAUCAAGGGAUUUCUCCUCUGGAUUCUGAAGAACUUCGCAUGAGUAAUGAAUUCCUUGAGGGAAACCUCACAGAGAGCUUCAUGGACAGAGAAGCUGCUGAAUCCUCCCAGGCCGAGUAACAACUCCACGAUUGCUAGAAACUUGGCCAAGAAUGAUGUAGGAGGAGUAAUUUUUGGUUGCAAGAAUAACACCAUGAUGGAAUGCCUCUCAAAGCAACUGUUUGGCCUGCCUUCUUUACACUUCUCCUAUGUGAGGAAAAUUGAACCUGGCCUGCCACUAUUUCUGUUCAAUUAUAGUGAUCGUAAGAUGUAUGGGAUCUAUGAGGCAGCUGGUUGUGGUCAGAUGAAUAUAGACCCAUAUGCAUGGACUGAUGGGGGUGCAGAAAAAACUGCUUUUCCUGCACAGGUUCGAAUAUGUAUUAAGAUGCAAUGCGAACCACUUGUGGAGAAACAGUUCAAAAAAGCAAUCCAGGGCAACUAUUAUAACCAAGUGCACUUCUGGUUUGAGUUGGAUCAUAUACAAACUCAAGAUCUGAUCGCUUUAUUCAGACCUUCAGGUUCUUCUGCCAGCAAUUCACCAAGAAUGACAAAUCUAUAUGAUGCACUACUGACCACAGAAGGGAAGGUUGUUGAACCUGGAAAGGGGAAUCAUGGGGAGAGCUCAAAAUCCGGGGAGAGUUGGUUUGAUCCGAAUGCAGAAAUCUGUCAAUCAAUUUUCAUCCCUCAUGUGGACACACAGAGUGAAAUUUUACUGCAACAGUCCCAGAGCAGUGAGCCAACACAGAAUAAUAAGGAAAUUCUGGACCAGUUGGAUAGUUUGCCAGUAAAAAAAGCUGAUAGUGAUGAAAAGAAAAUGGUCUUGUCAAAGCUAUCAAGACUGGCCGUUAGUCAUAAUUUCUUGAAUCAGCCUUCAGUUUAUCAUCCUGAUGAUAAUAAGGGUGUUCGUCAAGAUAUUGAACCUCCAGCAGGUGGGUCUCAUGAUUUAACGGAUGAGAACAGGAACACUUUGGGUUUUUCUCUUGAAAACUCUAAGUUAGCUGAAAUGGUCGAAGUACUAGUGGAAAGAACCACAGCAUUGGAGAAGAAGCAGGGUGAACAAGAAAGAAUCAUUCAACAACUAAGAGACCGUGUUAGCGAGUUAGAAUCAAAGUUAAAUCCUUCUACGAGUUUUGUUGAUGACGUUCUAGAUCAGUCAACUGGGCUAAAUUUGGGCCCAGGAACAAUUUAUCUGAUUGGUGGUUAUGAUGGCCGUUUAUGGUUAUCAACAAUGGAUUCUUUUUCACCAUCCAUGGACACAUUGACUUCACUUAGAAAGAUGAAUUAUGCUCGUGCAUAUGCAUCAGCUGCUGCAUUAAAUGGAAGUAUAUAUUUUUUUGGUGGUGGAGAUGGCUCUUCAUGGUCUGAUGCAGUUGAGCGUUAUGACCCAUGGCGGAAUGAGUGGACCUUAUGCCCUCCAUUGAUGUGCGAAAAAGGAAGUCUUGCUGGGGUUUCAUUAAAUGGAAAAAUAUUUGCUAUUGGAGGAGGAAAUGGAUGUGAAUGUUUCUCAGAAGUUGAGAUGUUUGAUCCAGCUCUUGGAAGAUGGAUAAACAGUCAACCAAUGUUUGAAAAGCGUUUUGCUCCAACUGCAGCUGCAUUUCAAGGAGCCAUGUAUGUCGUUGGUGGAUUUAAUGGAAAGGAUUAUUUACGAUCAUUUGAAAGAUGUGAUCCAAGAGAAGCUUACUGGAAGAGGCUUCCAAGCAUGAAUGUAACACGUGGUUGCCACUCGAUGGCCGUCUUCAAUGAUACACUAUAUGUGAUGGGAGGGUAUGAUGGUGAGCGCAUGGUAUCAAGUGUUGAAGUUUUUGACCCUCGUAUGGAGUCCUGGACAAUGGCUGAGCCAAUGAACUUUAGCAGAGGGUACGGUGCCACAGUUGUAUUGGGUGAUCAUCUACUCACCAUCGGCGGGGUUGAAGACCAAGAAACAAUCGUCGAAUCUGUUGAGUAUUGCAGUGAAGGUUCUGGUUGGGCUGUGAGUCGUCUGAAGGCUGUCGGAAAAAGGUGUUUUUUUUCAGCCAUUGUUCUGUGAGCUUGGCUAUUCGAUUCAUUGAUACUGGAAUGCUUUUGCUGCUGCAUUGCUGUUUUGUUGUAAUUUUUGAGGAUCAUUGCCUGCAACUGUGGCAUUGUCAUUCUUUUUCUUAUAUUUUGAGGUUCAUUUUUGUGCUUUCAUGACUAAUCUUUCCAUAAACUUUCCGAUGAUCAUCUAUUAAAUUUUUGCCAAAA